GUUGUUGUUGGGCAUUGGCAACCCACUGCUGCACAUGCGUUGGCCAAUGGCAGGCAAAACGUGAGGGCAUUCAAUGUUGAUGACCAACUUGACAUUGCAACAACAUUCUUGCCCCAACACCUUGCCAACGCAUUGCCAAUUAGAGCUGCAAAUCGUGGACGACAGCCUCAUCAGCCAGAGUCGCUUCAGCUGCAGAGAGCAAGCAGGAGCCGGACUUCGACAGGUGGGUCAAGGCGAGCAUUGGUCAAGUCGGGUCAGGCGAACCCCAGGAUUGUCAGCAGCACCAGCAGAAGUCGACGACCGGGCAAUAACAGGAACGACGUUGCUUCUCCUAGCACAGACUACGUGUUGGUUAGCACUGAGGAAGAUCUAGUGAACCAGCGACGAAGAAAGAAGGAGGCGGAGGACUUGAUCUCGCCGUCGGCCGACAGCACUCGCCACUCCUCGUCAGUAGUGGCACUCAGCCCGGACGACACCAAUAAGUCGCGCAGCCGCAGCGCACUUAGCCACGACGCACUUAGCGGACCGAGACCGAGCAGCGGAGGCGGCGGCGGCUGCGACGGCGACGGCGACGGCGGCGACGCAGACGCAGACGAAGAAGACGACGACGAGGACGGUCAAGGCGGCGGGGUCCGGCUCGUCGUCAUCCGAGGCCGGGGCUCGUCCACGUCUGUCCCUGGCGGCGGCGGUAGCCGUGUUGCAGCGGUACUCGGCGGCGGCGGCGGCGGCGGUGGUAGCGGCGGCGACGGCACAAUGAAGUGCCCGACUUGGUUGCGGAAAAACGCGCUCACUUUAGCGACGGUGAGCGGGGUUUUGGGCGGUGUGGCGUUCGGGUUCAUGUUGCGAGCGAGUCGCGAGGAGCGAUGGACGCCACGAGAGGCCAUGUACGUGUCCUACGUGGGAGAGCUGUUCCUGCGCAUGCUCAAGUGCCUCAUCCUCCCGCUCAUUGUGUCGAGUUUGGUGUCAGCCGUGAGUGGACUGGACUUGUCGCUGAGUGGGAAGAUCGGAAUGCGAGCAGUGGCGUACUACAUGCUGACGACGGUGAUGGCGGUCAUUCUGGGGCUCAUUUUGGUGAGCACGAUUCACCCGGGCCAGGGGAAUGCGGACGACAUCCACCGGGAAGGCGGCGUUCGCAACAUCACCACGGCCGACACUCUCAUGGACCUGGUGCGGAACGUGUUUCCGCCCAAUUAUAUUCUGCAUGGUGGAAGCUUGUUCAUGUGUUGUGCCUCGGAUAAUGGACUCUUCAGGUCGUGA